AGUCCACUCGAAAGAAGAGUAGAACGAGACCCAUCCUCGUCCUUGCUACUAAUACACCCCAAAUCCCCUCGUACGCGAAUCGCAUCGUCUCCGGCGGCCGCGGCAAUCAACUCCGGCGACAUGGGCACCGUCACCACCGCCGAUCCGCACGCCUCCUUCCUCGCCGACAGGGGCGCCAAGGUCUUCGUCGCCGGCCACCGCGGCCUCGUCGGGUCGGCCAUCCUCCGCCGCCUCCUCUCCCUCGGGUUCGCCAACGUGGUCGUCCGCACCCACGCCGAGCUCGACCUCACCCGCCAGUCCGACGUCGAGGCCUUCUUCGCCGCCGAGCUCCCCCGCUACGUGGUCCUCGCCGCCGCCAAGGUCGGCGGCAUCCACGCCAACUCCACCUUCCCGGCCGACUUCAUCGCCGCCAACCUCCAGAUCCAGACCAACGUCGUCGACGCCGCGCUCAAGUGCGGCUCUGUCCGCAAGCUCCUCUUCCUCGGCUCCUCCUGCAUCUACCCCAAGUUCGCGCCCCAGCCCAUCCCGGAGGGCUCCCUCCUCUCCGGCCCGCUCGAGCCCACCAACGAGUGGUACGCCGUCGCCAAGAUCGCCGGAAUCAAGAUGUGCCAGGCUUACCGCAUCCAGCACGGCCUCGACGCCAUCUCGGCCAUGCCCACCAACCUCUACGGCCCGCAAGACAAUUUCCACCCGGAGAACUCGCACGUCCUGCCCGCAUUGAUCCGCCGCUUCCACGAGGCAAAGGCUUGUAAUGCCGCCGAGGUUGUUGUCUGGGGCACUGGCUCGCCGCUGCGUGAAUUCUUGCACGUUGACGACCUUGCAGAUGCAGUGAUCUUCUUGAUGGAUCACUACUCGGGGCUGGAGCAUGUCAAUGUAGGAAGUGGGAGCGAGGUGACGAUCAAGGAGCUUGCGGAGUUGGUCAAGGAUGUGGUUGGGUUCCAGGGGAAGCUGGUAUGGGAUUCUACCAAGCCCGACGGCACACCGAGGAAGCUCAUGGAUAGCUCCAAGAUACAGGAGAUGGGGUGGAAGCCCAAGGUGCCCCUCAAGGAGGGGCUCGUCGAGACAUACAAGUGGUAUGUUGAGAAUGUCAUCUCUGCGAAGAAGUAGAAUUGUGAUGAUGGUGGCAUGUUGUUCUCCAUCGCUUCCGGCGUCUCUUAAGUUGGUGUUAUGAUUAAUAGUUUUCAUGUUGUUGCUGGCUACUAGAUCAUACAAUUAGCACUUAUAAGUUCUCCCACAAAAGAAGAGGUUGUUGUGUCGGUUGAAUAAUGUGGAUCAAAUUAGUAUACAAUUAGAAUCUUAAUUGAUCUAGAACAAUUUCUGUUGAUUAGACAAAGGUUCACACUUUCCACUGUCUGAUUGUAAUUGGCCUGGAAAGUUUUACACCCAUGGAAUAAGGAAGUUCCUGUCUUGAUUUGUGAAAUAUCUUUACCUGUUCAGUUUGUAUGGUCUAUGCUCUUGUUCUGUAUGCUAAUUAUCACAAAGAGGAAGUACUAAUGGAAAUAAACUAAUUUCUUGUG